CCUUUGGUUAGUUAACAUUGGGUCUUGUAACGCGCGGUGCAAAGCAAGUCUUGUUUAGCCCUAUGGUUAACUUUAACGGUGGUUAGCAAACGGCCACAUUUAACCAGAACUGGUGCAAACGGGCAUUAAACUUACCGGACGACCAGAGCGCAGAUAUCGAUCCCAGCACUCCGUGGUAACCAAACACAAACACGUACACGUCGAAAAUAGAUUUUCAUAAAAUAACUGCAAAUGAGUCGAGGCGACUUGAACAUAUCACGUUGGUUGGAAGCCCAUUCCGACCGCAGUGCUGGGCUUACGACGUUUGCAAGAAAUGUCAUCUUGGCGGACGUUUCCGGGGACGGAGACUACAAACUGGUACUCACGGAUGUUAGAAUCCAAACCGAUAAGAGAAGCAGACUGAAAGUUUAUAAAGGCACUUUACUCACCUCGGAUCAAGUACUACCGGACGUACCGAGCUCUGUUAUAAGCUUCUACACGGACGAUUUGGAACCGAGAGUACCAGCUGUUGCAGUGGCUUGUAGCUCCGAUCUUCUCAUUUUCAAGAAUAACAAACCGUUUUAUAAGUUUUGCGUACCCCCGGGCCCUCUAACCCCUCUGGAAGAAGAAUGUUGGAAAUUGUUCGCCGAGCCGAAUUACGACACUCAAAAGCUAAUAACGGAUCUCAAAUCUGUGAAUUUUAACCAGCUGAGUGGUCGCAGUCAAGAGUUGUUGAAUCUCCAACCCAACCAAGCGCAAGAAUACAUCCAGAGGUACGUCGGGAUUACGCCCAUCAAGACUUCACCGAUAGUUUGCAUGAGUACUCUCAAUCGGAGCUCGCAGGAUGCUUUAGCGGUGGCUUGCCCAGUUCUGGGUACCGAAGAUGGUAUUAUCUACGUCUUGGACCCCCAGAUUUUCACGGUUCUUCAUCAAGCUAACGUUUGCAAUGUUAAGUCCACGCCGACUAUAAUCAAAACGACCGGAAUGUAUGAUGUCGAAUUUCGAAUCGUGGUAGCCUGCCGAGAAAAUAGCAUAUGCGUACUACGCAGGGGAUGGCUGGAAGGUAAACCUGUAGUUCAACUGAACGAAGACAUAAUCGACUUGUUACUAAUUCCGGGAGACAAUUUCAUCAUCAUUGGUACCACCUCGAAAAUGCUGCACUGCUACACUAAAAGGGGGCAAAGAGUAUGGUCUGCAGCUACAGUAAACGCGAUAACGUGCCUCUGCCUCGUCCCUCUGAAACACUUAAGCACACAUUUGAUAGCAGUAGGUUUGAAGGGUGGUUCCGUCCAUCUGUACCACGGUCGCCAAACCGUCGACUACACGAACUCACCUGAUACUCCAUCGGCGAUGGUUUUCGGGCAACUGGGACAAGAAGAACACGUGAUGGUCAUCAUAACGAUGGGUGGUACCAUCAACUUCAAAAUUUUGAAACGCACCGCCGAUUUUAAUUUGUCGAAUCAGGAUAAAUUGUCGGUGCCUACGUUGCAAAGUAAGCCGCUGCCUCUUCCCAAACGAAGCAAGUUGUUUAUCGAGCAGAGCAUGAGGGAGAGGCAGGAUCCUAUGCAAAUGCACCAGAGUUUCCAGCAGGAUUUGGUUAACUUAAGGUUGACGGCGGCCAGGGCUUUGGUGCAGAAUUUAACUGAGCAGUCGGGAGCGGGGAAUGCCGAAGAACAAGUCAAGCUAUCGGCGCAAAUUUUGGGGUUGGGACCUAAAUUUACUCUCAUUUUGACUUUGGAAAAUAUGAACGGGGACAAAGCCGUUUCAAAUUUCUCAGUGGUGUUUCACGCUAAACCAACAAUUUAUAAAUUAUCGAGCUACCUGAGUACGGUGCCUCUAAUACCUCCGGGUUUGUCCUACAAACUUGAAACUAAAGUAACCGAAGUAUUAAAAAGUGGAGAAGAACAACUCCCGGGACAGGCAAUAAGGGUGUUCGUGAUACGCAAAGGCCAAGCCCACCCUGUCUUAGCCGCUACUAUUAAUAUGCCACCCACUGAAAUAACUACUCUGUUGUUGUAAAUAUGCGUUGUCGGGCAAUAAAUGUGACAUUAA